AUGCUGAAGGACGGACAUGGGCGUGCCCCAAUGGGCGGCUGCUUCUUCUGGGCUCGCUCUGAGGCGAGCCAAUCAGAGGUCGCGCCCCCGGGCCCGGACCGUCGGAAUCCGGGGUCUGCCAGCUUGCGGGCCGCCCUGCUGGGCGCGGCGCUGGGCUGCGCGGCCGCGGCGCUGAUCCCCGCGGCUGACGUGAAGGUGGAGGUGCUGCAGAAGCCGUUCCUCUGCCACAGGAGGACUAAGUGGGGGGACAUGAUGCUGGUUCACUACGAGGGCUACUUGGAGAGGGACGGCUCCAUGUUUCACUCCACUCACAAGCAUAACAAUGGUCAACCUAUGUGGUUUACACUUGGCAUAAGGGAAGCUAUCAAAGGCUGGGACAAAGGUUUGAAGGACAUGUGUGUGGGAGAGAAGCGGAAGCUAACUAUUCCACCAGCCCUUGCUUAUGGAAAAGAAGGGAAAGGAAAAAUUCCACCUGAGAGCACACUGAUUUUCAACAUUGACCUUCUAGAAAUUAGGAAUGGACCAAGGUCUCAUGAGUCAUUCCAAGAGAUGGAUCUUAAUGAUGACUGGAAACUGUCCAAGCAAGAGGUGAAAAUUUACUUGAAGAAAGAAUUUGAAAAGCAUGGAGCAGUGGUAAAUGACACCCAGCAUGAUGCUUUGGUUGAAGAUAUAUUUGAUAAAGAGGAUGAAGACAAUGAUGGGUUUAUAUCUGCAAGGGAAUUUACAUACAAGCAUGAUGAGCUGUAGAAAAGGGUGGCGUAAUUUUUUUUUGACACAAAUGGCAGUGAGUUAGACUGUCUGGUUCUCUUGUUCUCUUAAUUCUGUGUUUUGGAGUUGACACCUGGUGUUGGCAAUGAAAUGCUCAUUGUUUAUAUAAAAGAUAAUUUCUGUUCAUUAUGUAAAAAAUGUUUUAAACAAUUUUGAAGUAUGAAAAUGUACCUCCUUUUAUGCAGCGAAGACUUGCACAUGAGUGUUUUUUAAAUUUUGUAUUAACUUAUUUUUCCAGAAGUGAAGCAAACUUUCUAGUUAUCAAACAUUGUGAAAAUCAUAAUCCAGUUCAGUGCCAUUCUGUGAUUUGUUUGUGUUAAGAUCCCUUUCAGUGACUCCUUUGUGUAUAACUUCUAGUCUGUGUUUUAAUUACUUGACCUUCCUUCUUGUGUGUCACUGCAUAAAAAGCAGUGUGCUGACCUUGCUUUUUUUCCCACAGAUUUUUAAAAGAUGUACUAGAAGGCAUCAGCAUCUCUUUAUACAGCUGAGAAACUGAUACAGAGCUGAAUGAGAAUAAUGACUAUCCUGUGCUGAUUUUGCUCUUUUAAAGGGAGAGUAUUACCAACCAUGCCAAUAACUGUCUGCAUUUUUCUUUAAAUUAUGUCAACAAAGGAGGAGUUAAAUGUCAGACUUUCACUUUUAAUGUCAGCAGCAUUCUAGGCAAUGUCUGUAAUGUGGAAAACAGCAACUUAUGCUGCAGUGCAGAGGUGGUGUCCUUUACAUAUACUUAAUUUGUUUUGAAACUUGGAGUUUGCAUUUAUGAAGAAAAAUCAUACCUUUCUCCUCUCAAGUUUUGAGGGACAUCUUGAGCAAAAUGUUACAAGUCUGAAGUUUUUCCCAUUUGCAGAAGGGGAAGAGCAUUCUGACAGGAGGAUCAGUAUGGCCUGAACAACAAUAUGCAUUGGCUUGCCUGCUUUGCAACUGCCUCAGUUGCAGAACUUGUUUUGUCAUUGCCCCUUUAGAGUAUUUUCACAAGUAGCACACAAGUGAUGUAAAUUUUAAAUAAUAAAGUGACUUUUUAGAAAAAUAGAGGCAUAAGGUAAGUGUUAUGGUGCUGUGUCUUUACAGAGGUGGAGACCAUGAGGAUUUCAACUCCUUUUUGUGUUUGUUUGAACAGUUUCUGGAGCGGAAGAAACAUUUUGCAGUUGUCCAUGGUUUCUUAAUUGAGAGGGCAAGGUAUCUCAGGGAAGGAAUUAGCCUGUGUUCUGGCACCACUAGCAUAUGGGUCUCUGAACACAGUAUUUUACUUGAAAAAUGUUGCUCAAGGCUAUGUAGGGAUACAAAGGAAAUCCAGUUGUGUGAAAUCAAAAUUGCUGCAUUGCACAAAUCUUAACUAUUGCCAAGUGAGACUACAUUCAAGGUUCUCGAUGCCAUAGACGAGCUAGCUGUUUUCCCUGCCACCUAGUGUUGCAAGUAAGUAUUAGAAGACUAUUAAACAGAGUUCAGCUGCAUAUGGACAUUACAGAUUGCUGUCAAUAGUGACUGUUUCGGGGAGAAAAAGUAUAGGUGAAGGUAUGCAGUGGUGGGGUUUUUGUUUUGUUUUUUUUUUCUUCCAGCAUCUGGCAUUUUGUGGGUGAUAGCCUAUGUGAUACAGACUUGUGGCCACAUAUUUUGUUUUCAGUAACCUUUAGGUCUUUUUCCUCAGCGAUGCCAUCUAGUUCUCUUGAACCCAUUUAGACUUUUGCUUCCAUAAUGUUCUAUGGCAGUGAGUUUCACAGUAGAACAGUGUAGGAAAAUAUUUCCCUUUUUGUUUUUAGGUUUCUUGCCUGUCCCAGUUCUUGUAUGGUGAGGAAAUAAUGAAUAAUCAUUACCUAUUUAGCUCCUCUUACCAGUCAUGAUUUUGCAUAUUGGUAUUUUUUUCUCAUCGCUUAUGAAAAUUAAGCUUGCCCAACUUCAGCUCUCCCAAGCUUACUUGCAUGUCUGUGCUGGGUGUCUUGAUUUCCCCUGCAGUCACCAGAGCACUAGGCACCUGGGGGCAACUCAUCACACGUAUAUUGUUCAUGUUGUAUUGGGAUAGAUGCCUUAUCGAAUAGAGUUUCCUGUCUUUCUCCACUGAGUACAUGGGGAGCCUAGGCUGUUAGCAUAGCUGAGGACAGCUAAUGGGAUAUGAAGUUGACCCUUAAGGCAGUCUUGCCUAGGAUGUGGAAACUGACAGGUACCCAAUCAACCAAAGGGAAAAUACUGCAUGUGCACUGCUGGCAAGAGCAGAACUGAGACUUGCAUUGGGUCUGUCAGGGUUUUAGAUGAUUGUUUGCAGUGUUUAACAUGUUCUCUCCAAACAUCUGGCUGGGGAAUGAAAGCAUGCAAUAAAACUUUGCCCAGAUUACUGACCAAAUAUAUAAAAAGUUAAGCUUAAAUAAUGGGGUGCCAAUAUGUGCCUUCAGUAAUGGCCAAAUGUUGUUUCCUUUGUAUUAAAGAGGAGGUUGGAGUUAGCGAAUGCUGUGAAAUGUACAUAUGCGUUAUCUUCUGCUGGGAUUUUUAAAGCAUUUCAUAAAAAUAACUUCCAGUGAACAUGUAGUUAAUUUGUUAAUGCCAGCAGAGUAUUAAAGCUGCAGGACCAAGAUGCUUUAUUUGGUUCUAUGUGUAGGUUUAUGCCAGCUGAGUGGAUGGUUUUUGUUCUUAGUGCUUUUCUUGGUAGCUCUGUUAAAUUUCUGAAAUUAAACUGAAAAAAAAUUUUCAAAAGUGCAGAAUCAGCAGCAGAUUUGAGAAGCCAUUUCAACCUUAUUACCAUUUGCUAUUGUUAAAGACCUUCUGUGAAGAUGAAGGGAUUUCUUAGGUAGAAAUAGCACUGCCUGUCUUAACCUCAGUUGUAUCUGCUUGUUAAUCCACAGGGCAUACUGCUGCAGUGCCAGCAGGAGCCAGCUAGCUACCUGCAGGAGAGCAGAGGCAGGCAGCUGCCUGUCCCCCGAGGGGAGGAGGAAUAUUGGAACUUGAGUGGCUCUCGGCAACGUUUUGGCAGGCUUGCAUGUGAAGUGCAAGGUGUAUUUCCCCUGAAGAAGCAAGCCCUCGCUGCGUGUCUGUAAAACACAGCACUUCUUCAAGUGGAGAGGGCUCAAAACAGACCACUUGCCUCCUGCAGGUUAUAGCCUUCACACAUUUCUUGUUGUUUUGUGGUUAUAUAGGAAAAUAUGUACUGAUGGUUUUUAGAACUGCAGCCUGUCAUUCACAGCCACUACCUAGCAAUUACAGUGGGGGUUGCUGCCUUCUGUAGGUACAGAAGCAGCCUUCAGAGCUCAUUUUAAUUGAAAAUUCUCGAUAUGCAAUGCAAUGACACAAGAAGGCUUCUGGCAAAGCUUCAGGAAUGGUGCUUAUAGUCUGAAAUGGUUUUUAAAGGUUUCUUCUUUGAGAUCAACUGACAAGGCAAACAGUGUUGAAAAUGAAGGAAUCACUUUAUCAGGUCUUAAGUCUUUGCUUUUCAGUACCGUAUGUCUCUGCUGCCAGCAACAUCCCUGAUAUAGAGGUGUUUUGUGAGUGCUAUAUGUGACAGAGACAUAAAAUUGCAGUGUUAAGUACAUAUUGAAGAAACUGCUACCAUAAUUUCUUCUUCAUGACACUUAGAAUGAAAAUGAUCCAUAGCAUGUUUCCCAAGUACUUCAGUGUAAUAAUAGGUGGUAGAGGUCAGCCUUUAAAUUACAAUUGUCUUUGUCGUAUGUGCUCCCCACACCCCAUCACUUCUGCUUUUAGAUACAAGGUGGUCUAUCCCUUGAUCCAGAAAUCCCAGAUUCGGAUGGCAGGAUGGGGAGAGCUCAUUGCUUUGGGACAUUACGGGAAAAGGAGCAAAGUGAGGGGAAAUGUGGUAAGAGGGAGUGGAAGUACGCAGGGUGAUGCAAGAAAUGCAAAAAAAUGUGUUUCCUAGAUCCUUUGGCAUCUGCUAACUUGGAAGAAAGAACACUGGCCGACACUGAUGUAGGUACUGCAAAUAAUAAGGCUGGCUCCUGAGCUGACUUUAAUUAGGAAUCACUGCUUCGGCCAGUUUCUAUAUGGAUUUUUACUCUUAUGACAAAGUUUAAAUUUACACUUCCAAGGUCCAUUAAAGAACAUUCAGAAUAGGUAUGUUGAGUUUGCUUCUGAAAAAUACAUCAGCCUCAUCAUAGAGCUUUUGCAAAAAGACCCACAAAACCCCCAAACCCCACCACCCCAAAACCCUUCAUUUGUCUUCAACACUGAAUUGUUUUUGGUAACAGGAAAUAAGCCAAACAAAAACUGCUUAUAUUUGUAUAAUCCUGGAUAAUUUUAGCCUCUCUUGAAAGUUAAUCGUAAUGCUUACAUUCUGUGCCCUAGUUUUCUCCUGGUACGUAGGAAAAACAACUCUCUGACAAAAUAAGGAUCUUUCUUUAGCUAUCCUUCUGUUUUCAUGCUUGUGCUUGAUUAUGUUGAUAGUUUCUCACAAGAAAUUUAAUUGAAAAGCUCAGUAGGAAGCUAUAUAUCUGUAUAUACAGGGACAAGGACCUUCACUAUGAGUUCUCCCAGCCUGGAGGGGAUUUAGAUGAAGCCUCCUCCUGCAUCACAUUUCUUCCUUCUAGGAGGUUCUGUUCCAAAACCAGGCUGGUUUAGCUAGGGGUUGCAUCGGUUAGGAGUUGUGUGGUAUUUCUGUUCUCUUGGAUGAUGUAAAAAAAGUAGGAGCUUGGUUUAGCUGAGAAAUUUACCAUGAAGAUAGAGGAUAGUUUGAAACAUGUCAGGUAAGGAAUUUUGUGCAAGGUUUCUGAAGGUCAUGUUCCUAAUGGAGCGCUGGAGUUUGUCCACAGGGAUUGGGUUUUUUGGUUUGGGUUUGGGUUUUGGUUUUGGUUUGGUUUUUUGUGGGUUUUUUUUUUUUUUUUUUUGCUUGUAACCGCUCUGCAUCUCCAUUAGGUAAACAAUGAACAAACCUACUUUUAAAAUACUAGGAUCUGACUGCAGAAAUCUAGUGGAGCCAACUCUUCAGAGCUCCCCAAAUCCCAGUUAUGUUUUCCUCUAAAAAAUCUGAGGCUGAUGCUAACUGCCAUUAAGAGCUGCUCUUCUUAUUAGAUACAAUGCUUCUGAUUUCUAGUUUGUGUCAUGACCUGCUUAAGGAGAUUAAAUGACAGGAUAAUUGAUUCCUCAUCUGGGAGUCAAGACUGAAAGCAUUAAAUCAAUCCUGUCCUCUUACAUUUAUUGCCAUUGAAAUUUCUUUAAAGCUGUUGCCUCUUCUGUCUCUUUCCCUGAAUAGUGAACUAGGUAAUACCUAUUUCUUUUGCGUGUUUGGUCUGCUGUCUCUCUGGGAGUAAACAGCACAGCGUAGCUCUGGUCUCUCUAAUCCACUGGGAUAUGCCUUUAGAGAAUGGGGUUUCAUUCCAUAAAUACAAUGCAAAAUGUUUUUUGUGACCUUGUGUCCAUGUCUGGGUACGGAAUCUACAGGGCUACAGCUAAUGGACUAACUGCUGCUUCAAGAAAAGUGUGACCUGUUGGAUCUGACUCUUAGUAACACUGACCACAAUACUAAGAGAGGUAAGACUGGCAAUGUUCCUUCCUUUUAACAGAAGGUAAGAAUUUAAUUUGCAUCCAGUAUUUCAGCCCUUACGUGCCGUCAUGUCCUCGCUGCUGUUGUCACUGUUAUUAGUUGGAUGAAAACCUGGGCUUAACGUGGUCACACGGACAUCGCGAUGUAGACUUGCACUCUGAAAUAAUUCAGUGCUCUGCCUUUGCAAAACUGAGUCUGAAGCAAAGCUCCCAGACACAUGGCACUCAUCUUGCAGCUGACAAAUGAGCACAAACUGCAACGGGAGCAGGUAUGGAGCAGAAGUGGCCAAUGCUGCUGUUCAUUUGGUACCAGAUCCUGAUGUUGCUAACCUGAGCCAAGUCCAGCUCGCCAUGGCACCCUUUCGCAACAGCCAGAACCAGCCAUUCACGCAGUGGUGGGGCUGUGUGAAGGCAGGCUGGUGAGGUGGGCUCUAGGACACCAAUUAAUACGGUCUGUCAGACCUCCGCUGGCUCUGAACCUUCACCCCUUGUUUCUGGAGCAGGAAACUGCCCGAGGGCAGCACCGGCCUGUGUCCGUGCCUCCGGACAGAGGAGAGCAGCACUAGCCAGGCUCCCGCUGUCACACCACUGCCUGGGGGUAAAGCAGGCUUGGAGAAAACACCAGGGGCCCUUGCACGGGGGAAAUAGCAGAGAAAAUAGGCAGGGGGAUAGCUCUCCAAACCAUCCCGUUUUUCUUGGCUGAUAUCCACAACAAAUAUAAGGAAGUUUAAAAACUCCUGGGUAAUUUAUUGUUGAGAUUUCUUUAUUCAGAUAUGUACAUAAGGAAUAACAUGCAACCAGCAUGAAACAUACAAUACAGUUUGAGGUUUGUUGUUUUUCCCAUCUCCUGUUAACUACUAUUUUCUAUUUGUACAUGGUGGACAAGGCCAUUUAUGUAAAUGAGGGCUCUAUGACAGAGAUACUCAGUUGUGGACAUUUUUUUAAAAUGCAUUUUUCCUGUCCUUUUGGAAGUACAGGAGCCAAAAGGACUUCUCUAUUUUAUUUUAGUUUGGAGUGUUUCUGUCAUCAGAGGUCACUGCAGCUACCUACCACUUCCAUGAAUAAGGAAAAUGACUUAAUCAUUGAAGGGGUUUUUUGGAGUCAGGACUCAAAGUUAUAUUUAA